CAUAGCGAGAAGUACCUCUGAUUCGGAAAUUUUGUUGAUUAGGGUUUAAAAUCUUUGAAUUUCGACGAGAUGGCGACGGCGGCCGCUGGAUCUGUAGAGAAGAGGAAGCCAGUGUUCGUGAAAGUCGACAGCCUGAAACCUGGUACCAACGGCCAUAAUCUGACGGUGAAGGUUAUCAAUUCCGUCCCUAUCAAAAGCAACGGCGGCGCCGGUGGUGGUAGGCGCGGAGGCGGAAGGUUUUCGAUGUCUCUCAACUCUCGUUCCGCCGUCCCUCAGCGUAUAGCCGAGUGCCUCGUGGGUGACGAAACUGGGUCCAUCGUUUUCACUGCCCGCAAUGAUCAAGUUGACACAAUGGCCCCUGGCAACACGGUGAUCAUCCGGAAUGCAAAGAUAGACAUGUUCAAAGGCUCAAUGCGUUUGGCAGUAGACAAAUGGGGGCGUGUUGAGGUUGCAGCAGAACCUGCUAGCUUUGAUGUCAAAGAAGAUAACAAUCUAUCUCUAGUGGAGUACGAAUUGGUCAAUGUGGAAGUGAAGGAAUAAAGAGGGGUCGUCUUAUGGGUGAAUAUAAUAUUUUUAUGGGACUAAGCUUUCAAGUGCUCCUCGUUUUACUUUUGCAUUCCCAGCAUGUACACGAAUUUCAGUGGUUUUUCUAAUUUUGCACUGGUAUAAAUCUUAAUAGCGAUGGUAUGGCCUUCCUAUUAGUUGGUUCAAUUCACGUUCCUUAAUUUUACCACACAGUAUUUCUAUAUCUCUUGUUUGGUUAAGGGGCUUGGUUUGGUUCUUGGGCAUUUUACCUAAAACUGAGGUUUAAUUUCUUCACAAAUUGGUGCACACUUCAUUAGACAACAAGAAACUGAUUCUCCAUUA